UUGAGCUACGAUUAGAGGCAGCAAGUCUAGCUCUAUCACGUUUACCACCAUGAAAACCAAAGUGGCAAGUAAGGUCCUCAUAUUGUUGCUUGUAUAUGUCACAAAAUCUUCAGCAGAGAGAAAAGAUCUCACAGGGAAGAUGUUCACCUUUCCUGCGGAGUCUAAUACUGCUCAUGUCGUCCUGGUACCACCAACCCAAAUCAGGACCCUAACCGCUGUGACUGUCUGUCUGCGCUUCUUCUCCGACAAAAACGGUAGAGAGCAGAGCCUUUUCUCUUUUGCAACACCGUCACAUGCAGACGGAUUCUACCUCAUGAAAUACACCAAAUACAGGUACUACGGCAUAUAUGUGAAUGACAACAUAGUGACAUUCUAUGACAUGGGGGACAUUCCAAAUCAGUGGAAUUCCAUCUGUGGUACUUGGGAUUCCAAGACGGGCCUAGCGCAGCUUUGGGUCAACGGCAAACCAAGCGCAAGAAAAGGAAUGAAUCGUGGAGGCACCAUCUUGCAAGAAGCCAGUAUCGUCCUGGGUCAAGAUCAGGACAGUUAUGGAGGGGGAUUUUCGUCAGGAAAGUCUUUUGUGGGAAUGCUCACAGAUGUUCACAUGUGGGAUUCAGUUCUUUCUUAUUCUGAGCUCGCUUUGUACAUGAACCGCAUUCCACUGACACACAAUGGAAAUGUGAUCAACUGGGAGUCGCUGGACUUCACUUAUGAGGGCUAUGUGAUUGUAGAGGACCAAGUGAGGGAUGAUUUGAAAAAAGUAUGUUUGUAAAAGUAAGAGUCAGCUCUGUCUGUCUGCCAGUCAGAAUUCAGUUCAGGGACCAGCUCAGUAGGGUAUGAAAAUCUUAUAAUAUACUUUGAAACACUUGUAAGGUUGGUUUCGGAUGGAGCACACCGUUACAUUUGACUGCAGAAGAGAAUAAUUUUUUUUACGCUCAAUGUUUUUUUUUAAUUGUUUUUAAGCCAUAAAAGACAAAUGUAAACAACAGUAGGCUACAUAUGAUUGCCUUCCAACCCUCCCAGAACAAUGCACCCCCCCACCCGCGCACACACACACACACUCACUCACAUACACACAUACGCACAGUACAUUGGGCAC